GAUGACGCAGCUUUGGAGCGUCUGUGUGGAGGUGUGGAGACUGAGCUGAGGAAGCACCUGAUUUUAAAGGCAGGGGAAUACUUUCUCCACCCUUUCUUCGAAUGUGAGGCAGGGCAGUGGAUGCCACAUGCACAGAAAGAGCAAGAUGAGGCUUGGCUGGUCUAAGGGACUGCUGUUAAUCCUCGCCCUGGCUUCAGCUGCUUUUUACCUGGGCUCCAUUAAGAGGGAAGUCCAUACCCACUCGGAGAGACUCCAACGGGCUCACCACAAUGACUCCGUCAGGAGCCAGGGAAUGCUCAGGAGAAUGGACAAGAUGGAAGAGGACAUCAACAGGCUCUUAAAUCUUGUGAAUAAAUUGGAGCCGGCUGAUGUGAAGGCCGAGGUGAAGAAAGACAGGAAGGUGGUGAGGAAGCUGUACCCCAACUCAUUCCUGUUCAAGAAGUGGGGGGAGGAUCUAUCGGAGGAGGAGCAGAAAGAGGCAGAGACGUUGUUCCAGAGAUAUGGCUACAACGCUUUCCUCAGUGACCGGCUGCCUCUCAACAGAGAGAUCCCAGACACGAGGCCGCUCAAGUGUGCUGAUAAAAAGUAUCCAGAGGAUCUGCCGACCAUCAGCGUUGUGUUAAUCUACCUGGAUGAAGCACUUUCGAUCCUUAAAAGAGCCAUCCGUAGCAUCAUCGACAGGACACCGGCUCGGCUGCUGAAAGAAAUCAUACUGGUGGACGAUCACAGCACGAAUGAGGAUCUGGGAGAGAAACUGGACAAUUACAUCGAAUCCAUUCAUGAAGAAUGUCCAGGUCUGGUGAAGAGAGUGCGGCACUCUGAGCAGCUUGGCCUCACUCAGGCCAGACUGUCAGGGUGGAAGACGGCUGUAGGAGACGUGGUGGCCAUCUUGGAUGCUCACAUAGAGGUCCACACGCAAUGGGCCGAGCCGCUGUUAGCUCGGAUUAAAGAGGACCGCACCGUGGUUCUGACACCAGUUUUUGACAGAGUUAAUUCUGAUGACCUGACCCUGAUUCCCUGCGGCCCCUCUGCCGAUGCCUUCGACUGGGCUCUGUGGUGCAUGUACGAGACCUUCAGGCCUGAGUGGUACGACUUAAAGGACGACUCACAGCCCGGCAAAAGCCCGUCCAUCAUGGGGAUACUAGUGGCUGACCGCAAGUUCUUUGGAGAGAUUGGAAGUCUUGACGGUGGAAUGAAAAUAUAUGGCGGAGAAAAUGUGGAGCUAGGCAUCCGGGUGUGGCUGUGUGGAGGAAGUGUUGAAGUUAUACCUUGCUCCAAAAUCGCCCACAUCGAACGAGCAGUGAAGCCCUACCUCCCCGACCUGAGUACCAUGAUGAAGCGUAACGCAUUGAGGGUAGCUGAGGUGUGGCUGGAUGAGUACAAAUACAAUGUCAACAUGGCUUGGAACCUUCCCAUAAAAGGUCAUGGUAUAGACAUCGGGGAUGUGUCGGAGAGGAAGAAACUGAGGGAGAAGCUGAAGUGUAAACCAUUUCAGUGGUAUCUAGAUAACGUUUACCCCCAGCUGGAUCCCCUGGGUGACCUGCUCGGUUAUGGAGCUCUGAUCAAUGAUCUGAAGCCAGAUCUCUGUAUUGACCAGGGUCCAAUGCCUGGGAACACACCCAUCAUUUAUACAUGCCACUUCUUCCAACCACAGCACUGUUAUUAUCGCACUGACGGUCUACUCUACAUCGGCGGGAUCAAAUCUCACAAGUACAACAGCAACCGGUGCCUGGUGGACCCGGGCUCUGGAAUCAACCCAGGGCUGUAUGAGUGCAAGCUGGCCAAGCAGAAGAAGUUCCACAUGCUAUGGGAUUUUAAACAGGGAGGACCCAUUCACAACAGAGAAACAAACAGAUGUCUGGAAAUUGCUAUGGAUGAACACGGCUAUUACACGCUAGUUAUCCAAAAGUGCACUGCUCAGGUCUGGAACAUCCAACAUAUCAUCAGAGACCAAUGAAAGCAAAAAGACUGCGCUCUGUCAGUGAAACAUCUAGAGCAACUCUUAGUCUUUCUUAACACACAGCAAGGUUGUGAACUGAAUCGCUGAGAUAAUCAUUUUAUUAUUAUUAUUAUUAUUUGUAAUCAUUUGUGACUUACAUCUAAUUGACUUUUUGUUUUGAAUCUUGAAAUAUCCGUGUGAACAUGACUUUUAGUGACUUUUCAUGACUUUUAAUGACUUUUAAUGACUUUUCAUGACUUUUCUCACCAGCUCUUUUAUUUAACACCUUUGUCGCUGUUUGAGAAAAAGAACUGUAGAAGUACCUACCUUCCCCAUGUCAGACCAGAACAUCCGCCAAGAACACAACAAGGCAUGUUAAUCUGUUUUCAGUCUGACCUUUACAACGACAAGGCUCCGAGGGGGCGAGGUCUUUUUUGUUUGUUUUAAAGGCUUUUAAUUGUAGUUGGAUGUUUUCUUUAGUUUGGUUACACAACAUUGUUCAAGUGAAACAGGAUCCAUUGGGAUUUGGCCGUCAUAAACUGGCAGAUACGAA